AUGGCCAACGCUGCGUCGGUCGGCGCCAUGACGCCACUCCCGCUGUCCUCCGCGCAUGCCGUUCUAGUACCUUACGAUGCCUCCGCGGCUGCGACUUCUUCCGCUUCCGCUUUCAACUCCUCCGCGGACCUGCCUCAGCCGCAGCGGCCGCAGCAGUCGCAGCCACAGCAGCCGGCGUCGCGUCAUCAACCGCAUGUUGCGGCUUCCCCCGCAACCAGUCCCGUUUCCGCCGCCUCCCCCGCUUCGAACAUCUCCGCCGACCCGCCGCAGCACCCGCAUCAGCCGCAGCCGCAGCAAUCGCUUUCGCGCCUCCAGGCACACGCCAUGCUCAUCGCCGCCGCCACAGGCCGCGUCGCGCUGCCCAAUCUUUCCGCCGCUCGCCCCGCCGCGACGCAUAGCGAGAACGUUAGCGAAGAGCAACCUGACGAAAACGGCGACCUGACGAAUAGCAACGGCAAGACUGAUAUACGCGAUACUGUCAGCAUCGGAAUUCGCAGGAGCGUGGCCUCAGCGUCGCACGGCAACUCCGUGGCGCCUCCGGAUCCCGCGACGGCAGCGACGACAGCCGCGUGCGACACGCCGGGCUAUAACGGGACGGCUUUACGCGGUGGUGGCGCCACCAUAGCCCGGAACGGCUCCGCAAAUCUCGGAGAUGCGAUAACCCGCCUGCUUUCCGACACCGUGGCGUCGCCGCCUGUGCCGCCGCAUGUGCCGCCGCUGAUGCCGCAGCCCUUGAGCCGAUCUUCUCCGCCCAUCCCCACGUUCUCCGCUCCGCCCUCCCGAACCAACGGCGACCUUGCCGAGCCUCUUCCGGAGCCUCUUUCCGAACCUCGCUUCGAGCCUCAUUCCUGGCCUUCCAUACCCGAACCUCUGCAGCCGUUCCAUGCGCAACCUCUGCCCGCGUCCCCCCAGCCCCCAUGCGCGCCGAGCGCCGCCGCCCUAUCCACUUCCCCUUUACCCGCGGCUCUGGCGGCGCUUCUAGGCAUGACACGUGGCACGGAUCCGCUGCAGUUCAUGGGAAUCGAACGGCGGCGGGAUGAUCUGCUGCUAGCCGCGGCAUCGGCGCGCAGCACCUGCGGCGGCGUCCCGUCCGUCAACUGCCCGUCGCAAAGCAAUCUCGUCUCGCAUAUCUCCUCCCAUCCGUCCGAUUCGCUCUCCUCUCGUCCGUUCGAUUCGCUCCCCGCCGCUGCGCCAUCAUCCGCGGCGCUUCCGUGUCUCCCGCGGUCCGCUUCCGCUCCCGCUGGGUCUGGGGAAGGCGGAACAGCAACGGGAACAGCAACAGCAACAGCGACAGCGGCAGCGGCAACGGGUCAAGGUGAAGUGGAGGGGGAAGGGGGAGCUGCGGGGAGCGAGGGGAGGCUUGGAGCGGGUGCGGCGUGGGUGGCGGCGCGGACGCCGCGCGAGGAGGACAUCAACGAGUGGCUGGCAAAGGUGCUCGGCCCUGGGGGCUUGCAGGCGCGGGGAACUGCAGGGCCGGGGGGAUUGCAGGCGCGGGGAACUGCAGCGGGGGGCGGUAUGCAGCCGCGGGCGCCAGCGGUGGCGGGGAAUGCGCGCGGGCAUGAGGCGCAUCAGAACGCCGCGACGGCUGGAAGUGGCAGCGGGUUGGGCCAGGGGGAGGGGCGCGCAAGAGAGAGUGUUCAGGCGGAGCUGGUAGGGGAAGGGGGAAUGGGUGGAAGCGGGUGGGGGGGAGGGUUGCUAGCUGGGAGCAUUCAGCUUUUGGCUGCGAGUCAGGGGUUACAUGCGAGUCCGGGGUUGAAUGCGAAUUCGGUGCUGAAUGCAGAACAGCGGGCAGGUUUGGCCGAAGCUGUUGGUUUGGCCGAAGCUGUUGGUUUGGCUGGUGAUGUGCGUUCCAAUCGCGCAGCAGGCGGUGCGGGGGAAUUGUCAAGUGGCAGAGGAGAAUUCACGUUUGGAUCGUUGGGUGCAACAGGUGCAGGGAGUGCACACGUCCUACGGCAGCACGAUGGCAUGCAGUUGAAACGGCACUUAUCAGCAGCAGGAGCAGCAGGAGCAGCAGGAGCAGCGGCAGCAGCAGCCUCCUUUGCCCGUCAUGCUUCUGCUCCACUGCCCCUACUUGAACGGACCGCUGCUGAUUUGUCUGCGUGUGAGAGCGCACCUCUGUGGGAUGGUGCACCUGCGUGUGCCGGUGUGUCGCUGGGUCAGUUGAACUCGUGGGAGCUGCAACAGCCUGCUACUGUUGAGGAACUGGUGCUGCAGUGCAAUAAAAGAAAGCUAGCUGCUCUUCAAGAGACGGUCGAAGAGCUCAAACGCGACGCGGCCAGCAAGAAAAUCUCGCCUUCCGCCGACGCAGCCUCCACUGGCCCCGCCUCCGUGCUGACCUUCCGCAACAUCUGCUACUCCGUUUACGUCAAGCUGCGCAAGGGGGAAACUUCCGCCGCCGGCCCGCGGUUCGCGCGGCAGGACAGCACCCUCGCGAAUUUCCCGGGAUUGCCGCCUCAGCCGGGCAUUGAAGAGCCGCCGGUUUCCGCGGCCGCGGCGCAAGCAGAUGGCGGCGCAACUGGCGGCGGCGGGAUCGCCGACGGAUUCCGGCGGAAACGCGUUCGGAGGCAGAUCUUGACCGGCGUGAACGGCGAAGCGCGGUCCGGAGAGGUGACGGCGAUCAUGGGCGCAAGCGGAGGCGGAAAGACGACGCUGCUGAACAUCCUGGCGCAGCGGAUCUCGUCGGGGCGGCGGAGGGGGACGGUGGAGCUGGACGGCGCGGAGAUACACGCGGGGAUGAUGCGGCGCGUGUCCGCGUACGUGAUGCAAGACGACGUGCUGUUUCCGUCGCUCACGGUGCGCGAGACGCUCAUGUACGCCGCGGAGCUGCGCCUCGAGCCGAAAUUCACGCGACGCGAGAAGGAGGAGAAGGUCGCGCGGCUGAUCGACAUGCUCGGGCUGACGAAAGUUGAGAACUCACCGAUCGGUGGGGAGAGCAAGAGGGGCGUUUCUGGCGGUGAGCGAAAGCGAGUGGCGAUAGGGGUGGAGAUGGUGAGCGACCCGAAGAUUCUGUUUCUCGACGAGCCAACCUCGGGGUUGGAUUCAACCAGCGCUUACCGCGUCGUCCGCGCUAUGAAGUCCGUCGCGAUUCAGACUGCGAGCAUCUGCAUGAUGGUGAUCCACCAGCCUUCGUAUCGCGUACUGUGCGUCAUCGACAAGCUACUCCUCCUAGGCGUCGGCCAGACAGCCUACCUAGGCCCACCUGCUGGCCUCCCGCAUUUCCUCGCCUCUCUGGGAAGCCCAGUUCCGGAAGGUUCGAACAGCACAGAGCAUGGCUUGGAUGUCAUGGCCGUGUUACAAGCCCAGGGUGUUACCGACAUCCAGGCCUACGCCCAAGCCUGCCGAGAAGGCCUGGCCGACCCUGUAGCUGCGGCUCAGAAACCGUUCAAGGUCCCUAGUGAUACAUCUGAUCCAAAAUCUUCCAAGGAAAUUCCGGCCUGGGGACGACUUAGCAUAAAAAAGGAGGUGGUGGGGAAUGAGGAGGAGACGAAGGGGAGGGAAUUUGCAAACGGAUGGUUCCGGGAGCUGUGGGUGCUGACGAGGAGGGCUACAACGAACAUCAUGCGCACUCCUGCGCUGUACCUGCUGAGGCUGGCGCUCAUCCUUAUUGCGGGCCUGCUUCUAGCGAUUCUGUUCUGGAGGCCAGCUGAAACGCCCGAGGGACUCAUCAUUCGGCUGUCCUUCCUGUCGUGCGCUUGCUGCAUUGUUUUCUUCACCUCCUGCGAUGCUGUCCCGAUAUUUAUUGAGGUAUGA